AUGGGCAAGGUCGUGGUACUAGUUCUCAGCAUCGUUAUCUGUCUAGCCACCCAGCAGGCGAUGGCAAAGGAGAAACACAUCAAGUACACCGAGAAAGAUCUGCUGCGAAAGUCGAUCGUGUACGACAAAAAUACGCCGGAUGUAUUCUACUGCCCCGUCAACAAACCGACCGGAAUGGAUAAGAUGAUUGUGAGGUCACGUCCACUCCACAAACUCUGCGAACACGAGGGUAAACCACUUCCUUCGCACUACAAAUCGGACUGCUACAAUGACGUCGACGAGUCCAACUAUGCCUGCAAGGAGAAGUACAGAAUAAUGAUGCGUCUAAACCCUCCCGGCAGUGACGCUCCGUUUAAUGGACAGCGCUUGAGCAGGUUUAUGGACAUGGAUGACGAAAUGAAGCGAGUUAAGUCAAAGAAACAUUGA